AGGUAACGGGGGAGGGUGCGGCAGAGGGGCCCAGCGGCCGGGGCCGGGGAGGUGGGUGGUGCGGGAGGACAUUGAGUAAGCUUCUGCUGGAUGCCCGGCACCAGACAGCGCUUGCUCUUGGGGAGUUGCCGAUCUAACGAGUGAGCUAGCGGGCCGGCAGACGGACGCUGACUAUGCUGCCGUCGGGCGACGGCUGUCCUUCAACAUGCAGAGGAAGAAGGUGGAUAACCGCAUCCGAGUUCUCAUUGAGAAUGGGGUGGCAGAGCGGCAGAGGUCUCUCUUUGUCCUUGUGGGGGACCGAGGGAAGGAUCAGGUGGUCAUUCUCCAUCACAUGUUGUCCAAAGCAGCCGUGAGGGCCAGACCGUCUGUGUUGUGGUGUUACAAGAAGGAGCUGGGGUUCAGCAGCCACCGCAAGAAGAGGCUGAGGCAGUUGCAGAAGAAGAUCAGGAGCGGGACGCUGAGCGUCAACCAGGACGACCCCUUCGAGCUCUUUGUGGCCGCCACUAACAUCCGCUACUGCUACUACAACGAGACGCACAAGAUCCUGGGCAACACCUUCGGCAUGUGCGUCCUGCAGGAUUUCGAGGCCCUGACCCCAAACCUGCUGGCUCGGACAGUGGAGACGGUGGAAGGGGGCGGCAUCGUUGUGAUCCUCCUGCGGACCAUGAAGUCACUCAAACAGCUGUACACCAUGACCAUGGACGUGCAUUCCCGUUACCGGACAGAAGCUCACCAGGACGUGGUGGGACGAUUUAACGAGAGGUUCAUUCUCUCCUUGGCCUCUUGUAAGAACUGCAUCGUCAUCGACGACCAGCUCAACAUCUUGCCCAUCUCGAGCCACACAGCCAACAUCCAGCCGCUGCCCCCAAAGACGCAGGAGGAGGAUCUCCCCCCCUCAGACCUGGAGCUGAAAGAGCUGAAGGAGAGCCUGCAGGACACCCAGCCUGUGGGCGUGCUGGUGGACCGCUGUAAGACGCUGGACCAGGCCAAGGCUGUCCUCAAGUUCAUCGAAGCCAUCUCGGAGAAGACCCUGAGGAGCACCGUGGCGCUGACCGCCGCCCGGGGCCGCGGGAAGUCGGCCGCCCUGGGAUUGGCCAUUGCCGGGGCCGUGGCUUUCGGAUACUCCAACAUCUUCGUCACCUCCCCCAGUCCAGACAACCUGCACACCCUGUUCGAGUUCAUCUUUAAAGGCUUUGAUGCCCUGCAGUACCAGGAGCAUUUAGACUACGAGAUCAUCCAGUCAUUGAAUCCCGAGUUUAACAAGGCCGUGAUCCGGGUGAACGUGUUCCGUGAGCACCGACAGACCAUCCAGUACAUUCACCCAGCAGACGCAGUGAAGCUGGGCCAGGCUGAGCUGGUUGUGAUUGAUGAAGCGGCUGCCAUCCCUCUACCCUUGGUGAAAAACCUGCUCGGACCCUACCUCGUGUUCAUGGCUUCCACCAUCAAUGGAUAUGAGGGAACUGGCCGCUCGCUGUCCCUCAAGCUGAUCCAGCAGCUGCGACAACAGAGUGCCCAGAGCCAGAUAAGCACCACGGCGGAGAACAAGGCUACCACCACAGCCCGGCUGGCCUCAGCUCGGACGCUGCAUGAAGUUUCCCUCCAGGAAUCAAUCCGAUACGCGCCUGGAGACCAUGUAGAGAAGUGGCUCAAUGGUCUACUGUGUCUUGACUGCCUCAACAUCACCAGGAUUGUGUCUGGCUGCCCUCUCCCUGAGACCUGUGAACUCUACUAUGUGAACCGAGACACCCUCUUCUGUUACCACAAGGCCUCCGAAGCCUUCUUGCAGAGGCUGAUGGCGCUCUAUGUGGCUUCUCACUACAAGAAUUCCCCCAAUGACCUUCAGAUGCUCUCUGAUGCCCCAGCUCAUCAUCUCUUCUGUCUCCUGCCACCAGUUCCUCCUACUCAGAACUCCUUGCCAGAAGUACUUGCUGUUGUACAGGUUUGCCUUGAGGGGGAGAUCUCUCGACAAUCCAUCCUGAACAGUUUAUCUCGUGGGAAGAAGGCGUUUGGAGAUCUCAUUCCCUGGACCAUUUCCGAGCAGUUCCAGGACCCUGACUUUGGCAGCCUCUCUGGUGGAAGGAUCGUCCGCAUUGCAGUGCACCCAGAUUAUCAAGGGAUGGGCUACGGUAGCCGGGCCCUCCAGCUGCUUCAGAUGUACUAUGAGGGCCAGUUCCCUUGCUUGGAGGAGAAAGUCAUCCAGAAGUCACAAGAGAUUAACACCGUGAGCAGCGAGGCUGUCAGUUUGUUGGAAGAAGCUGUGACCCCCCGGAAGGAUCUGCCCCCUUUACUCCUUAAGCUGAGCGAGAGGCCUGCUGAGAACCUCGACUACUUGGGUGUCUCCUAUGGACUGACCCCCAGAUUGCUUAAGUUCUGGAAACGAGCUGGAUUCGUUCCUGUAUAUCUGAGACAGACACCGAAUGACCUGACAGGAGAGCACUCUUGUAUCAUGCUGAAGACCCUAACCGAAGAGGAAGAUUCUGAGCAGGAUCCCUGGCUCCCUGCCUUUUGGAAAGAUUUCCGGAGGCGUUUCCUGUCCUUGCUCUCCUACCAGUUCAGCUCUUUCUCGCCUGCCCUGGCUCUGAACAUCCUACAAAAUAAAAACAUUGGGGAGAAAUCCCAGGCAGAACUGAGCAGAGGAGAGCUGGAGGCCACCUUCCUUUCCUAUGACCUGAAGAGGCUAGAGAUGUAUUCCCGGAACAUGGUGGAUUAUCAUCUGAUCAUGGAUCUGAUCCCGGCCAUCUCCAGGAUGCACUUCCUGAACCAGCUCGGGCAGCAGCUAUCCCUGUCAGCUGCACAGUCGGCUCUCCUGCUGGGGGUUGGCCUACAGCACAAGACCAUGGACCAGCUGGAAAAGGAGAUUGAGCUUCCUUGCAGCCAGCUGAUGGGCCUUUUCAACAGGAUCAUCCGCAAAGUGGUGCAGUUGUUCAGCAUGAUCCAGGAGAAGGCCAUUGAGGAGCAGAUGGUGGCAACGAAAGACGUGGUCAUGGAGCCCACCAUUAAGUCUCUAAAUGAAGAUCUGGAUGAAGCUGCAAAAGAAUUCCAGGAAAAACACCUGAAAGAAGUGGGGAAGCUCAAGAACAUGGACCUCUCACAAUACAUAAUCCGCGGCGAUGACGAGGAAUGGAACGACGUUCUGAACAAGGCCGGACAGAACGCCUCCAUUGUCAGCUUGAAGAGUGACAAGAAGAGAAAAACUGAAGGCGAAAAAGAGCCGAGACCGAACAAGAAAGCAAAGAAGGGCCGGGACGGGAGGAACAGAAAGGAAGGCAAGCCGAAGAGGAAGAACUAGUGUCAGCUCCUGACCGGGCGGCCGGGCCUGGCCCGAGAGGCCUUCCCGGCCCCUGCAGAGGGCCGCCGAGGGCAGAGGCCAUCCCGGGGCUCCCUCCUGCCCACGCCUCUGAGGCCGCCUCAGCUCCCUUCCCGACCAGCUCCCCAGGCCCAUCUCCACGCUCCGUGGAGGAUCCGAGGGCCGAAGGCUCAGCACGGGACAGGCCCGCAGUGGGCAGAGGGUGUGGCGGCCAGGGAGGGGCGCUGGGAAUGCCGCCCGGCCAGCCUCAGAGGGCUCAGGCCCGAGGCCGGCUCCAUCCCGCAGCCGUGGGGACCAGAAGGCGGGCUCCUGUUCUGUGGGAGGUGGGCUCGCCCGCCCUUCUGGGAGCUGCCCCCGAGGCACCCCGGCCAAGAGGAGGGCCGCUGGGCUUCCACGCCUCCGUCCCAGGACUGUCUGGUGGUUGGCCAUUAAACACCUUUUUGCCUCCAA